AUGGUUAUCAAAACUUUACCUGAGCCUAACGCGAGAUCAAAUGGUGGCGCAUUCUUAAAAGCACAAAAAGAAAGACGCAGUGUUUCUGCCACUCACCCAUCCAUCGACCGAUUAGGUGUAACUCAACCACGUCGUUUACCAGAUCAUGCUGAUUUCAGUCGAAUGUGUAUCAUGACUAGCAGUGAUUUGAAUCGCAUCUAUGACAACCUAGAACGUCGUCAACGUGAUAAAGAUGCGAUUGAACAAGAGAUUGCUCGAAAGAACGAAAUGGCCGAACGAUCUGCUCAAAUAACUAAACAUUGGCCGAAUACGAUCGCUGGUGCACGUGAACGUAAACUCGAAUUGAAGAAGAUUCGUGAACAAGAAGAGGAAGAACGAAGAAAGCAAUUAGAUCUUGAAGAAGAGAAACUCGCUGCUGAACGUCGCCGAGAACAAAUCGAAAAGGCGAAAAAAUUGAAAUACUACGAAACCGAUCGUGUGAAGACAUUUCACAGUGCUCUUCUUCUGACUGAGGUCUUGAAAGAACGUGAUUUACAAAUUGAAAUGAAAAAACGUAUCGAACAAUUUCGGCAGACAGAUGCCGAAGAAGAGCGACAACGCUUUCAAACAUCUCAAAAUGAAAUCAAUAAAGCCGAACAAGAAAAGCGUGAGAAGAAAGCUCAAGAACGAGCUGAACUAACUCAAUAUCAAUUAGCACAAAUCGAACGAAAGAGAGCACAAACCGCUCUCGAGAAACAACAGGAUCGACAAGAAGGUGAAGCUUAUCGAAAUCUAGCCGAACAAUAUGCACGCGAGCAAAUGGAAUUAGAACAUUAUCGUAAAUUAACGCAAAAAGACGUUAAACACAUGUACGACAAAGCUGUUGACGAUAAACGUAAAGUUAAACAGAUGGAGCAACAAAUGGAUGAGGAUGAAGAUGACGAACUUCGUAUAUAUGCUGAAGCAAAGAAGAAGAUUGCUCGAAUAAGACGUGAAAAAGAAAUUCAAGCUCAUCAAGAAAAGCAAGACGCACGCGACCAUAUGACAGGCUACUUAGGUACAUUGCAGAAACGAGCCGAGGCUGAUUAUGACACGCAAAUCUUCCGUGCACAGGCACAACGAGAAGCAAAGGAAUUUCGUGAAGAACAAGAAAAACACGACCGACAGCAAAAAAUGCAAGAAUCGAUCACUAAGCAUCGAAUAGAAACAAUGAAACGACGUGAAGCCGAAAAGGAAAUGGAACAACGCGCAGAAGCCGAAAUCAACAAGAAAAAAGGCGAAGCUGACCAACAGUUUCUAUUAUACCAACAAGAAAAAGAUAAAAAACGUAGUCAAGAUGCUCAUGAACUUUCUCAACUUCAUCUUCAACAAGCGCAAGAAAGAAAGGAUCGUGAACGUGGAUUAAAGACCGGCGAAGUUGACGAAGUUCAAGUAGAGAAACAAAUGAAUGAAAUCGAAAGAGAACAAUUCCAAGAUUAUGCUGGUCGCGUUAUUUCGUAUAUGGAAGAAAAUGGGCGCAACACGUACCCAUUGAAAAAAGUCUAUGCCGAUGAAAUGAAACGAUUUGAUGAGUGGAGUCAAGGCUAUCGAAAAACGGACACUUCGAAUAGUAAUGGUGAAAGAAAACCACGCAGUCAAGACAAGAAAUCAUUCGAUACGACGAAGAAAAACUUAGGCUUUCAAUGGGAAAUACCUCAAAAAUAA